AUGGCCGUUACUACUAGUUCUGUCGCCGGCAUAGUUUCGGGCAGAAACCCGCUAGAAUAUGAAGCUAGUGCGCCAUGGACUCUCUUCUUGUUUCAAGUGAUUUUAAUCACCGCCAUGUGCCAAAUUCUCCACUAUCCAUUAAAAAAGCUCCGCCAGCCGCGGGUGAUCGCUGAAGUGUUAUCGGGCAUAAUUCUCGGUCCUUCAGUCAUGGGGCGUAUACCCAAGUUCACAGCGACAUGUUUUCCUCCCGUCUCGAAACCAGGACUCUCGCUUGUGGCAAAUGUGGGCAUAAUUUUGUUUUUGUUCAUCAUCGGCAUGGAAGUCGAUCUCAAGUUUGUCCGCAAAAAUUACCGGUCGGCGUUGUCCGUGGGGCUCAUUAACAUGGCGAUUCCGUUUGCCUUGGGAUGUGGUAUUGCCAAGGGCUUGUACCUGCAGUACAGACAGGGCAACGAAGAUAUGCCUCCCAUAGAAUUCACGACGUAUAUGGUGUUUAUAGCCGUUGCCAUGUGUGUCACUGCUUUCCCCGUGUUGGCACGUAUUCUUGUUGAGCUCAAUUUAAUUGGCGACAAGAUUGGUACGAUCGUGUUGUCUGCUGGAAUUAUCAACGAUUUGACCGGGUGGAUAUUGUUGGCACUCGUGGUGUCGUUAGCGAACUCUGGAAGCGGCGUGAACACCGUCUAUAUUCUUUUAUUAACAGUGGCAUGGUUUUUCUUCUUGGCUUACCCAGUCAGGUACGCUUUGAAGUAUUACUACAAAAGAUUCACCAACGAGAUGGUUACUGGCGAACCCUCCCACAUGCUGAUGGUCCUCUUGAUCGGGCUCGUUUUCACUUCUGCAUUCUAUACCGAUAUCAUUGGAGUUCAUCCUAUUUUUGGUGCGUUCAUGGUGGGAGUUUUGGUCCCAAGGGACAAUGGUUACGUGAUUCGUGUCACCGAAAAACUUGAAGAUAUAGUCCACAUUGUCAUGAUCCCGGUCUACUUUGUUAUUGCAGGAUUGGGUGUCAACUUGGGCGACUUAAAUCAUGGAAUCGAUUGGGCUUACACUAUUGGAAUAAUAGCUUUGGCCAUGGUUGGAAAAGUUGCAGGUGGACUAAUUGCUGCCAAAAUGAACGGGCUUUACUGGAGAGAGUCUUUAGCAGUUGGUGUACUCAUGUCAUGUAAAGGUAUUGUGGAAAUUGUGGUGCUUAAUGUUGGGUUGAAUGCAGAAAUCAUCUCUGAAAGAGUAUAUUCCAUGUUCAUUGUUAUGACUUUGAUCACCACUUUCUUAACUACCCCAUUGGCUUUAUGGGUGUACCCACAAUCCUACAGAGAGAGAAACCAUAAGAGCAAAGAGAAUUCUGAUGAAACUGCAUUGUUGCGCACACAAGAAGAGAUAUCUGUCGAGAAUUUUCAAGAUGUCAGAUUCUCAGCAGUGGUUUUAUUGUUGAACAAUAUUGAUACCAUCCCACAGCUCAUGCUUCUUUUGAAGAAUUUGCAAACGUCCAAAGAAAACUAUCAAAUCAAUGCGAUCCAUUUACGUGAAUUAACUACGAGAACUUCUCAUUUGCUUGAAGCUUCAUCCAAAGACGAAGCGAAUUUUGGAACGAAUGAUCAUGAUCAAGGUAAAUUCACUUCUAUUAUGGCAAUUUUCACCGCCUUUAGUUCUAUUCUUAACAUGAAAUCAUCGAUCAAGUCAAUUUUGACGCCUGUGGACAGCUAUGCGGUUACUGCAAUUGAACAGAUUGGCAGCAAAUCCGACCUUCUAUUAUCGUCGAUCCCGGCUUCAAGUUUAACUCACUCGCCAGAAGGCAUAGAGAUAAUCGAAAACCAAUACAAGCAACUAUUCUCACGGUGUUGGGCCAAUGUCGGAGUAUUAAUCACUAGCCAAGUUGGCACUUGGGACCAAAAAAAGACGGUGCAUUGCGUUUUGAACCACAACAACUUUUUAAGUUCAAGUGACUUACUUUGUUUAAACAUUGUCAGUCUGUUGGCAAAGACUUAUCCCUCGAUUCACGUUCACGUGUCUUCUUCAACAGGUACAACUAAAGAAUUUGAGCAUCAAUUUGACGGUCAACUCAAGUCCAGUGGACCAAACGUCGACCUCACAGUGUCCUAUUUUAAGGAUUUUAAUGAUCUUAUUUCAACUUCCUCGAGAAAGGAAUUGGAUACUGCGCAACGCAUGUUUGUUUUACCUUAUGAUUUUGCAGAAUGUGCCGAAGUGUUGAGGAUGUCUCGUCUUGGCCAGCAAGUGCUGUAUGACGAUAUUCUUGUUGUGAAGUCUCACAGCGAGCACUCCCAGUGA